AAAGGACGCGGGAUGACAACUUGCAGAGUUGUACUGGCCGCCGCGUCGAUAAGGAGGAAAUUGCAGAUGCAGCCGUGCGUAAAGAGGAGGAGAAGAGUCGCGGAGGACCUUCCGUGUCGGCGGUGGUGAUCCAAUUUCCACCUGACUUUAUUAUUGCCAUCUCCGCAAAGUCAGAAAAGAGGAUUCCUGCUGCGGCGGGAUAAGACGGCUUCCACACUUCCCUCACCUGAAGUGUCCCUUUACCUUCCCCGGUGUCUGCUGGGAGAUUGGAGGAAAAGACUUGGAAGAGCUUGGCCCCGAGGCGAAAGCAAGAGCUCAAGAUAUAAAGCCGGUGAAGGACAUUAACGCGCAGAGAAGUGGCUGCAUCCACCAUGGAGGUCUGCUCUACUUCCAGGAAACUUACUUUGCUCUCAGUCACCUUUCUGUGGGGGCUCUCAGGCAUAUGGGCCCAGCUCCAGAUGCCCAAAAACAGUAUUGAAGUGAUCGAGGGUAAGACGGUGGUUCUGGAGGCCUCAUACAGCCCAGUCGGUGGCACUGACCCCGGCGCCAACAUCAUCGUCUGGAACUUCGUCUCAGACAGCAGCCAGCUGAUCAUCUCCUAUACCAAAGGCUCCAUGAACGUGGGCCCCUCCCAGUUCACAGGACGUGUGGGUUUUGCCAACCAAAUGCCCUCAACAAACGUGUCGCUGUACAUCAACAACACCAAGGAGUCUGACUCAGGACGCUACCUCUGUCAGGUCAUCUUUCCUGAUAACCCUGGACUCACUGCUGAGCUCAGUCUGGACGUUAAGGUCCCUCCUGCUGUUCCUAAGUGCUCUCUGUCAGGGAAGCCGGUGCUGAAGGGAAACGUGACUCUGAGCUGUACGUCUGGCUCUGGGAAACCCAUCCCGAUGUACAAGUGGAGGAAAACCAGUCCCACCUCGGAGGUCUUCUUCUCCCCCAUGCUCAAUGAGAAGACCGGGACUCUGAAGCUGAGCAACCUGAGCAGCAACAUGUCAGGGAAGUACGUGUGCACAGCAAGCAACACAGCCGGGUCAGAGAGCUGCAUCAUCGACCUGGAGAUCGUCACCUCCACUAACGUGGGGAUGAUUGUUGGUGCCGUAGUGGGCUCAGUGAUCGGCUUCAUCUUCCUCCUCCUCAUCUGCCUCGUUUUCCUGGUGAAGCGGCGGAGAGACAAUGAGGAUGACAUGGCAAACGAAAUCAAGGAGGACGCUCAGGCUCCCAAGCGAGUGUCCUGGGCUAAGAGCGGCAUGGGUUCUGACAUCAUCUCCAAGAACGGCACCCUGUCCUCCAUCGCUUCCAGCCCGCACCACAAAGACCCCUCCCACCACCACCACCACCACAACAACCACCACCACCACCACCACCUGCAGCAGUACCCCCAGCGCCCCCCUUCAGACACCGCGUCCAUCAUCACCGCCACCGGCAGCACGGCUGGCUACAGACCCUCCCGCCAGCACGGUGCCUCCACCCCCACCCACUACAGCUAUAACAACAACAGCACCCUGCCGCGCGGACCGCCCGUCUCCUCCGAGGCCAGCACCAACGGGAGCUCCCUACCCGGGCCGGAGCGCUACACCCAGCUGCCCCAGGCCCAGGCACUGCCACAGACCUACAGCCAGCCACAGCUGCAGCUCCAGGUCGCUCCUUCACCCCCGCCGCUGCCCACCUCCACCAUCACAGCCUCCAACAUCACCCGCAUGGGAGGGGUGCCCAUCAUGGUGCCUGCACAGAACCAGGCUGGGUCUCUGGUCUAACAGCAGCCAGCGCUGACGAGAAACAGUGAAAUACUGUCCCUGUACACUUUCACAAAGGGUCAGCUGCUGAUUUUUUUUUUUAAAGGGAACGCUUUAGCAAGGAUUUACAGUAGAUGAAAAGGUCAAUUACUGCCGCUUGCUUUCAAGCCAACAGACUCUCUGUUUACUUGCUUUAAGUAUACUUAAGUCUUUUAUAUCAUGUAUGCACUGUAUACAUUGCAAACUAUGUAUAGAUUUUCAUAUAUUUGUUCAGUAUCCUGUUUUCUACUUUAUCAAUGCAUUUCUAAUGUUUUUUUUUUUUUGGUUUGUUUUUUUCAUAUUUAGCUUUUUCGAUGUCAAGUGUUUUCCUCCUGUCAUUCAUGAACAGCAACUGAAACAGCACUGGAGGUAUUCACGUGGAUGCAAGCCUCACAAAAAGGUGAUGUCAGUCCGCUGUACUAAAUCCAUCGUCUGUACCAAGGAAAACUACCUGAAGGACGCCUCAUCGAGACCAAAACAUGUUGAAGCACAUUGUGUCAUUACUGUUCAGUGGGUUGAAUGUUGCUCAAGAAUCGUGGCUGUAAUAUAUGAAGAUGUAUGUAUUAAGGAGUAUAUUUGUGUCGCAGGUUUAUGGAAGAAAAAAGAAACGACCACAUAAUAUAUAUGAUAACGUUUGGCAUAGCGUAGUGUCCUAAUCUUUAUUUUGGCUCUACUUCUGUCGGGUUUUCAUCUCAUAAAAUGCUCUUACACUCAAUUCUUUAAACACAGAUUAGCAAAAGCUUCUUAUAAUAUCGAGCACUAUUCAAAAACUGCAGUUUGGUGACUUUGCAAAUACGCAAGUCUGCUCAUGAGUUGUAAUGAUUUAAAGUUGCCUGCAGCACUGAAAUUGUAAAUACGAUAUUUAUUUUGUGGUAAAUGUGUGACAGACAACAUAGCAGCCUGUAGGGAACAUACUGUAUGACUCAGGCAGCACAUUUGCCUGCAACACUGGAUAUUUAACCAAAGAUAUACAGUAAUGUGUCUCAUCUUUAUGUCAAGCUGUUGUUUUUUUUUUUAUGUUAUAGCUUGUUUUCUAGUGUAGGCAAAAGAAAGUAGGGAAAGCGACAGUUCAAGUCAACGUGACGUUUUGAUUAAUCGCCUUUUAGACGAACCUCGUUUCUUGUUUGAUUGUCAGAAACAUUCUGAGGAAAUGGUGACAAGAAACUGAUUCCAUUCUCUCUGGCACCAAUGUGAGGAUGUUUUCUCGUUGUGCCUAAUUGGUGAUUUUGAACCAUUUCUUCGUGAGAGGGAAGCGAAGAAUAUUGUAUUCAAUUUUUGGCUUAAUAAACUAUAAUGAC